AUCUUGGCCGGUGCUACAUAAAUGCGAUCCGGUGGCCAGUUCGUCAAUCACCAUCAUGACGUGUCGCAGAAUGCUGGCUGUUUUUGCAGGGUUGUGUUUCGCUGUCUCCCUCGCCGGGGCGCACAUGCUUCGCGGAACAGUUAAUUCCACUGAGGGUUGGACGGUUCUCGGGAGCUAUUGUUUACCCGCAAAGGAUGGAAGUGUUUAUUUCAACAUCCGAUACCCCAAGACGUACGCACCCGAGACGCUGGUGCUGUUCUAUGACGACCAAGCAACCCUCAUCAAGAGCGCUCCGACCUGCAAGGCCAAGUACAAUAUUCUGAAAGCCGAGAAUGAUCAGUUUGUGAAGCUGACCCCCGACUUUCUGUUCAGCCGCUGUCAGACAGUUAAACACAAUGGCGAGGCCUGGUACAGUUGCUAUGGUCACCGAUCUUUGGUAACCAGUCAAGACCGGAUGUGGUAUAUUGGCGUCUCUCAUUGCCAAGACAAAGUAAGACGUUUGAAAGAAAGUGUAACCGUCAGGCAUCAAGCUGGACUACCUGAUCAAGUUCCUCAACAGCCACCCCGGAUCCUGCAACCAGACCUCCAUUCCCCUUGUUGAUAUGAUAGGAUGAAAAACAACAACAACGAAUAUUGUAAUAUGGUGUCAGCUACUUGUGACUUAUUAUCGGAAUAAAUGGGUUAAUAUAUG